AUGGCGUGCAACGACUUGGUUCCGUUGGCCAAUGUUGUUGUCGUGGGAGUUGAUCCGGCUCCAGUCAUGGUGGAAGAGCUAGCAAGCGAGUCUCGACCAGUGGACAAUGAAACUGAGCCUGAAUUGUCUGAUUCCUUUGGCAAGGCUAAGGCCGCUACAUUUAAAGCAUCCUUUGUAGUAGUACUUGCAACGGCAGAACCACCAGCCAACUCCUUAGAGGCUGUAGUGGAGAUAGAACCAACUCCAAUGGAACUGUUAGUCGGGCAGCUACAGCGCACUGCAAGUUUCUGA